AUGUCCUAUCAUAUUGAAGAUGAUAAUACUCUACAAGAACCGAAUAUGAAUAGUCACGAAACAACAGAAACUAUAAUUGAAAAUAAUAGUUUAUUUGCACGAGAUAAUGAUAUUGAACUAAUAUCAACAAUGACUAAUUUAUCAUCUAACAUAACAAAUAAUUCAUCAACAACACAUAUACAAAAUAAAUCUUGUUUUAUAUGGAGAAGACGGUGGAGAGGAGGAGGAGGAUGGAGGGGCAGUGGUGAUUGGGUGGAGGGUGCUAGAGGACGUGGUGGAGGUGGUCGUGGGUGGGGUGGCGGUCGUUGCGAUGGUUUAGGUCGUGAUAGUGGCAUGGGUGGUAGUGGUCGUGGUGUUAGUGUUCUUAUGGGUGGUCGUGGUGAAAGAAGAGCACGGGCAGAAAUAUAG